AAAACGAGACAGAGCGAGAUGAAAAUAAAAAAUGAAAGACUAAUUGUACAAUAGUCGUGCUUCAUAAUGUAUUUUGACGCAUGCGAAAGUGAAAAUUUAUACGAAUAAGACGUGAUUAUAAAUAGCACUCACAUUAAAAAAACGAAGAAAAUCUUUUUUGCAAUUUUUUAUUUUUGAAUAAUAUUUUCAUAAAGACACCAACCAAAAAAAUUCGGCUUCGAUGAAAUUAUUGGUCCUUUAAUUUCGUUUUAUUUUCAUUCGGAGUUUUUGUGUGAAUUUGGUAAAUUCCAUAAAAUCGAUUUGGUUUCUACAUUGUUUUUUUUUUCUCUUUUGUUGUGUGUUCGAUCGAAGAAGGGAAAAACAAAAUAGAGAAAGUUUGAAUUCCAGUGCACCCAAAUACGUUGACAAUUUGGUAGCGAUAAGGAAGGAGCACAUUAAGAUCUAAUUCGGUGAAAUUCAUACAGAGCCAAAAUGAUCGAUUUAGACGAUUUAGAUGGUGAUCAACAACAGUCGACGAGUGAAUUACCGAAGAAACCGCUAAAGGAAUGGCGAAGCAAAUUCGAAUCGGGCAGCUUGGUGUCGUCAAAUUUAAUGCAGUUUUUUCAAGCCGCAUCUCCAUUCUUCUUCACGAUCGAUUUAACAGCUGAAUACACAGAUUUGGCGAGAUGUAGCUACGAUGAACAAGGUGCAAAGAAUGCAAUAAUCGAUGUGCUAGAAGAGUUUAUAUUCGGUGAUAAUCCAGAAACGGUGCUAGCCAAAAUCCGUAGCGAAGAAAAUGCGUCAACGGUAUGCGGUCGAGUGUUCAAAAUGAACGAACCAUUCUACAGUUGUCGUGAAUGUGGCAUGGAUCCAACAUGUGUGCUAUGCGUUAAUUGCUUUAAACAAUCGGCACAUCGUCAUCACAAAUACAAGAUGGGCACAUCGGCCGGUGGUGGAUGCUGUGAUUGUGGUGAUAAUGAAGCAUGGAAACAAGAUCACUACUGUGAUGAACACACAAAGGGAAGCGAAAAAAUAUUACAAAGUAACCUUAUAACUGAACGGAUGCGAGAUCGUUGCAUGAUUGUAUUCGACGCAAUUUUGAAUUAUUGCGUGCGAUCAUUGAAGAUCGAAGCGAAUGGAAGUAUCAAAAAUAUGGAUACACAAGAUGAAGAUGUUUAUUGUACCGUAUUAUACAAUGAUGAAACACAUACAUUUGAUCAAGUGAUUAAUACACUAACCCGAAUCGUUGGAUGGCAACAAAAAGAUGCCGUUGAAUAUGUGUCGACGAUUGAUCGUGAAGGUCGAGCCGUUGUAAAAUGUUCCACAUUUCAGUCGUGCAUAAAAUUGAAAAAUGAUAUUGAAAAUCAAGCACUUCGAUCAACGAUAGCACUCAAACCAACCACAUUGAAAGUGGCCGUACUCCAUAAGAACGAUGUCGCCUAUCAGCAAUUUUCAUUGCAACUGUUGGCCUGGUUUCAAGAAUUUCUGACGCGUCAUGCCGUAUUCCGGUUUUUAUUUUGUGAAAUACUAAAACAAAGCACUGACUAUAGUCUUCGUGAAAUUUUGACAAAUGAUGCAAUGCUGUGGAAAACCGCCCGAACCAGUUGGCACCACCUCUUAAUAUCUGGCAUGCUGAUGGAAUAUGAGAAUAAGAAAACACUUGCCGUCAUGUUUACACGCCAGUACACACGAGUUAUGCAGGAUUUCAUUUGUCACGAUGAUCACGAUCAUUCGUUUUCAAUUGUAUCGAUGAGCGUCCAAUUGUUUACGGUACCAUCAAUAGCACAACAUCUAAUUGCCAACGAAGAUGCAUUCUAUAAGCUGAUGUACACAUUUUAUUCGGAAUCAAUAGAAAAAUAUGUGAAAAAGAAGGUGCUGCAAUUCACACGAAAUGCCGGCAACAUGAAUAUUUUCAAACGAUCAGCGUACAUUUUGUACGACAUUAAGUAUAUUUUGAGCUUUAAACCGAGCAUUUGGACCGAUGAAUUGCGUCAAAAUUUCUUGCACGGUGUUCAAAUGUUGAUUCGGUUAUUGCGUGAAAUGCAAGGCAUGGACAGUGUAUACCGUCAAACUGGACAGCAUAUGGAGUAUGAGCCAGAAUGGGAGUCUGCAUUCAAUUUACACAUCAAAUUGGCACCGGUGAUUUCUUUGGUGCUCGAUUGGUGUAGUUCAGAUCGCAUUGUUCUGAUCAAAGUCUAUCGCAUGGUGAUGAGUGCAUUGAGCGAUACCGAUUUUAUUGUAUCGCAAACGUCAACGGAAAUCAAAGAAUUGGCCGAUCACAGUGUAUGGUGUUUGAUGUAUGAUGUUGGCUCAAAACCGGUUUCAAUUCAUUUACCAUUAUCACGAUUUUUUGCCGGCUUAUAUUUGCAUUUGGAGAAAUUCAAUUUGACCUUCGACACUGUUCAAGCGAAGAAAAUAAAAUCAGAUCAAACGAUUACGAUGAUUGAGCCGAGACCAGAUCAAAUUAUCGAACCAGUUCUUUGUACCUUAACAAUGGUCGCUCAAGUGCAUGCCGGAAUGUGGCGCCGAAAUGGUUACUCACUAUUGAACCAAUUGUAUUUCUAUCGUAAUGUUAAGUGCCGCGCUGAAAUGCUGGACCGUGACAUUGUUGCUCUACAGAUUGGCGCUUCGCUUAUCGAAAGUGACGAUUUCUUGAUUCACAUCAUUAACAAAUUCAAUUUGGUCAAUUGGGCCAGUCCUGACUAUGAAGCUACAUCACUUCAGAAUCCCGAAGAGGAUAGCAUUCGUCAAGUUAUUAAUAUGGUCGAUGAAUUGCUUGAAUUGAUUAUUGUGGUUGUCGGUGAACGUCAUGUUCCAGGCGUUGGUAUGGUCACCGAAGAAGAUAAAAUCAAAAAGGAAAUCAUUCAAUAUCUUUGCAUUAAACCAUAUUCACAUUCUGAACUGAGCCGAACACUGCCCGAUUGCGGAAACGAAGACGGCAUCGAAAAAAUCAUUGAAAGUGUUGCCGAAUUCAAAAAAUCCAGGCAAACCGAUAAAAUGGGCGUCUAUGAAUUGAAACCACAAUUCUUUGAAGAUUACAAUAUGUACUUUUAUCACUAUACAAAAGAAGAGAAAAGCAAAUCAGAAGAAGAACAACGGAAACGACGAAGAGAUAAAAAAGAAUUGGUUUGCACUCCGCCACCAAAACUCCCACAACUCACACCACUAUUUAGUAUGUUGGCGAAUUUACUUCAAUGCGAUGUCAUGCUGUUGAUUAUGCACACGGUUUUAAAACGUGCCAUCGACUUAAAAGCAAGAAGCUUCUCGGAGAGCCAUUUGCAAAAGGUGCUUCAUCUUAUUGGUUAUGCGGUACAAGAGCAAGAAUGUGGUGCAUACCCAUUCUUUACGUUCCACGAACGUGCAGCUAAAUGGGACAUCUUACCUUUGAUGGAAGAACUAAUCAACAGCCCAAGGGUUGAAGCUCACCGUGAUCUAAUCUUAUGGACGGUCCGUCGCUACAAAACGUUGCAACAAUCUGAAAAUCAAGCGAUGGAAAGUGAUGAAAAUGCCACAUGCAGUGAUGUUCAAGCGAGCACCAGUGGAAAAAGUGCUGCCGAUAUUGAAAAAGCCGAAAAAGAGGAUCGUGCCCGAUUGGCGGCCGAACGUCGUGCAAAAAUAAUGGCACAAAUGGCAUGCGCUCAAAAGAAUUUCAUGUCAUCAAAUGCUGAAUUGUUUGAAUCUACAACAACAUCAGCGCAGGAUAAAAGUGAAAAUUCAAUGGAAUGGCAAGAUAACAAUGAAAAUAACACCAAGCAAAUUUGUUUGGGCGCAGAUCGAAAGCAUAAUUACGUCGAAGAUUUGGUGGUGACAUGUAUUCUAUGUUCAGAAGAUGCGGUUGUGAAUAAAUCAACAGGUCCGUGCAUGGUGUAUUCGUCGUUUGUACAGAAAUCGCAUGUUUUGUUACCGCUCGAUACGAUGUCAUAUCCGCAUACAAGCUCAUGUGGUCAUGUAAUGCAUGCCAGUUGCUGGAAAGAGUAUUUCAAUAAUGAAGUGUUGAAAGAGAAUCGUCGACCAAUCCGAAAUCGACAGACCGGCAUGACAACCGAUAAAAAGGAGUUCUUAUGCCCAUUGUGCAGAUGUUUAAGUAACGCUGUCAUACCAAUUUCACCGGCUUUGUCGCGCAUUAUACCAAACCUACAACAACCAAGCGUAGACGGCAGUCCACAGGGGAGCGAUGACAUUGAACCAAUGCCAUUUGAUAAAUGGCUGUAUUUCAUGCAAAAUUAUAAUGGUGCUUUACAAUUAAUCGUCGAUUUACCAAUUGGAGAUGAUAUUGUGACAAAACUUCCCGACCUGGAAUCGAUUGUUCGAGAAUUCACAAGCAUUGAGGCAUUUGUAAAACUUGCACCACCGACAACACGCGAACUCUUGCCACCCGAAUUGCUCGAGUAUGUGAAUGAAUUUGCCUCAUCGGCAAAACGAGCCGCUCCAUAUUCACAUGCCGACGAAGUAGCCGAAUCACAUUUGGUCACUUGGAUAUCAUGCUCGUACACAAUUCAAACGCUGGAAAUGUACUUGCGUGCAUUAAACAAACCGAUGAAGGGACAAAUGUCGAUUCGACAAACGAGCUGCUUGUCUGGACUGAUUCGUGAAAGUGGAUUGCUUGUAACAACAAUCACCGAUGACAUUGCCGCUAAAUUACUGGUUUUGUUGCGCAGUCAAUUAUCAACACUGUUCACAAAUAGCAGCAGUUGUUUCAUCGAAUGGGAUCUAUUCCGAAUGUUAAUUACAUUCAUUUUUAUCACACCAUCGGUGUUGUAUGCACGCACCCGACAAUGCAUUGUUCCGAAUGGCACAUUGCUUGAACAUUAUUUGCUUAAAACAAUUUUCUUGGCGCUAAUCACAAAGAUUUUGGUCUUGCACAAUAUUGACGAAAGUGCAAAAUCCGAAGAAAGCACCAUGACCGGCUCAUUGUAUAUGGAUGUUGAUGAGAAUGCUACGCUUUCAAAUCCAAUUGAAUCAUCGGAAGAUACACAAACUCCAAGCGACGGAGAUGGUAGCAGCAAUUCCGAUGUGCUGAUCGAGUUUUAUAAUAAUCAUAAUUUCUAUGUGAUUGAUGCUCGUGAUGCUGGCGUUGCACCGCCUGCUGCACAUAAAACACAAAAACAACUAAAAGAACUGGUUAUGAAAGCGAUUCGUGAUGAAAGCCGCAUAUUUUUACGGUGCGCAUGUUUGCUAUUCCAACAUUUGACCGAUGUUGAUCUACCCGACGAACUGUACGAUUCGGAUGGUGAUCGGUUUGAAGUGAUGUGUGAAUACUUGGGCUUAAGCAGCGACAUCGAAACUUAUCUGAAAUGUGAUAGUAUCAAUUCAUUCAUGAGCAAUUUAGCAAUGCAUCCCGAUAUUGAAAUGUUCCGGACAAAGCAACGUGCUGAAUUGAAAACCGUUUUAGUACCAUGCGUACCAACCGUACGGAAAUUGGUCGAUUUACCCGUUGAUUACAGUGAUUUAAUCAAUACAGUGCUAACAUUUUCGUGUCCAAAUAACGAUCGCGAUGAAUCGUCGCGAAAUCCAACAAUGUGUUUGGCAUGCGGUGUUACUCUUUGCUCAAUGACCUAUUGUUGUCAAUAUGAAAUCGAAGGUGCAACGGUUGGUGCAUGUACAUACCAUGCACAUGAAUGCGGUGCUGGUGUUGGAAUAUUCUUGCGAAUCCGAGAAUGUGACAUACUGCUGUUGGGCGUGAACAAAGGUUCAUUCGUGUCUCCGCCAUAUCUGGAUAAGUACGGUGAAACCGAUCAAGGUCUUCGACGUGGUAACCCCCUGAAAUUGUGCCCAGAACGUUAUCAAAAGCUUAAUUUAAUGUGGCUCAAUCAUGGACUUCACGAAGACAUUGCACGAAGCGCUGAAUCCAUCAACAAUGUCAUCCCAACGCAAUGGCAACAUUUGUAGUUAUCGUUGUUCUUUGUGAUGCAAAUAAAAAGUUAAUAAAAACCUAAUAAACUUGCAAAUAAAAAUAAUUACAAUGAAAAAAGCUAGAUGAAGAAAUAUCUUAGGGAAAAAAACACAGAGAAAUAUAAGAAAGACUGCGGUCAUUACUGUAAAAAGUAAAAAGUUAAAGGGAAAUCAUGUUUUCUAAAGAGAGGAAUAAUGAAAUAAAAUGAAUAGUAAUAUAUAAAGUAAAUCUCAACGUUCACAUUUUGGCAACAGUUGCACAAACACAAAAAAACAACCCAAACAAAAAAACAUCCAACUAACUAAGACUCGAUGCAUUUUUUCAUCGCAGCUAUAGGAAACUUACGUGUUCUAUAAGAUUUUUUUUAUUUCUUUAUUUUUUUUUAUUUUGAUCUUAUUAUUAAUUGUGUAUUAUUUUGAGAUUUAUUUCGUUCCUCUUUAACACUUUAUAUUUAAGAUCCGGAUGAAAUGUACGAUUCAAUCCAAAAUUAAAAAAAGAAUCACUGUAAAAUCCAAAAAACCCUCUUUUUUCUUCUAUUAACUUUGAGGUAUUUAAUGUUUUCAUAUGAAACAUGCGUUAAAGCGGCCAAAAGUAGCAUAUAUAAAUCAAUGUUUACUAAAUGUUUACUAAAAAAAUCUAAAGAACAAUGAAAAAAAUGAAAAAAGAAAUUCUAGAAAUUGUAAGUCGAUUGGCCUAUGGCACAAGCUAAUACGUUGUUUUGUACAUUUCUUUUUAUCGAGCUCCAUAUAUAUAAAGAAACAAAUAUAUAUUAAAAUCGUUUUUUUUUUUUUUGAAAUGUCUUAUUAAGGGUCUUCUUCAUUAUUUUUAACGAUAAGUCUGCGUGCUCUGUCUGAAUGAAGAAAAUUUUGGCCAAACCCUCUCUAAACGUAUAUAUGGACAAAAUAAAAUCAAUAAAUGAUUUAGAUAAAUUAGAUGAAAUUUAGCGAAUUCAAAUCCUUUGUUUCGAAUUUAAACAAAAAUAAAAAUAAAUCAACUUUAAUAUUUGUUGUAAGACACACACUGCAAACAAAAGCUUUUUUGAUAUAUAUAAAACACAAUAACCCCUGAACAUUUCUCUCUCUAGAACGGCAUAUGGCCAUGAAACACACACGAGUUUUUUUCAUUGGGUGCAAUCAUUCGUUUGUACGAAUCUGUGUUUGAUUGCUCUCGAUUGAUGUAGCUAAAAAGAAACCAAAAAUAUUGUCGUGUGAACUAAAUAUUAUAGCAUUGCAUUCGGAUGAAAAGAAAAUAAAACCAAAUCAGUUCUAUUAGAAUUGUUGAAUUCUUGUAAAUUACAAUUUUUAACAAUAAUUAAAAUAAAUUUCCACUUUAUUGUGUAGACACUUGAAUCUUGAAUUAUUACAAUUGAAACAAACAACCGAAUAAACAGAAAAUUUAAGAAAUCUUAAAAAAUCA